CCCGCCGCCACCCGUGUGCUGGAUCUUUCCAGUAACAAGAUCAGCGCUUUAAAUGUCGAAGCAUUUGCACAUUUAACUUCCCUGACAAGAUUAGAUAUAAGCAACAACAAGAUUUCUACGUUAGAAGAUGGGAUAUUUGAUAAUUUAUUUAAUUUAAGCGAAAUAAACCUAAGUUCAAAUCCACUCCUUUGCGACUGCAACCUGGCCUGGCUGCCCCGCUGGGCGGAGGAAAGGAACGUGAGGGUCGUCCACCCUGCGGCCACCAGAUGCGCUCAGCCCCCCGAGGUGGCAAACCUCCCCCUCUGGAACGUCUCGUUCAUCGAUAUGACUUGCGGAGCCGACUACAUCGCAUGCCUGACCGACAACCACACUGGGGCGGUGGACGCCGUUGUCCGAUUCACGGCCCACCUGCCCCAGAACCUGACCGAGGAGACGUGCGGGGCCCUGUGCUUUGCGGAAGACCUGGACUACGGGGGUUUCAGCCACAACGGCCACUGCCUCUGCGGCAUCGCUCUGGAACCGAACUCUUCCUCGGGGUGUCUGCCGUUCUGCGCCGAGGCCUCCGCCACCUCUCUCUGCGGAGGGCCUUCCUUCGUUUCCAACGUCUUCCCUGCUCUGCUUCCCGUUUCCGUGGCUGGCCCCAGUGGCCCCACCGGCCUCUUCCAAGCCGUGGCCUUCCAUCUUCAUCUCCCGACCAACUUUGGUGUCUUACAAUGGGACUUUGGGGACUCUUCGGGGGUUCUGAACACCACCAAGACACCUGUCCUCCACAGGUACACUUUGCCCGGCCACUACAACGUCACGGCCACGGUCUUCGUCGGCAGCCGGUUCACCUCGGCGCAGAUGGAAGUGGAGGUGGUGUCGUCCCCGGAAGACCUAGAGCUUCAGUGCCCCACUUUUGUGAAAGCCAAUGAAAGCCUGCAGGUGCAGAUCCGGAACGGAGGAGGGACCGGCCUUUCAGUGACCUACAACAUCACGGCACAGGAGAAAGAGUCUGUUCACGCGGUCUAUCCUACAUGCCCCGGGGACAGCGUGGUCUUCUCCGAGAACAGCCACUGCUACUGGCUGGUGGCUGAGAAAGCAGAAUGGCAGGAAGCCCAGCGACAUUGCCAGGAACAGGGCGACGGAAACCUGGCACUGGUCAGCAGCCCAGAAAUCCAGAGUUUCUUGGUGUCUCGGGUCACCAGGAGCUUGGACGUCUGGAUCGGGUUCAACGACGUGGCGAGCCCCAGCCCGUUGCAGAGGGAGGAAGGGUUCAACCUGCAGAGCUGUCAAAACUGGCUCCCCGGGGAGCCUCAUCCUUCCAACGCCGACCACUGCCUCCGCAUGGGCCCAGCCGGCCAGUGCAACACCGAUCUGUGUACAGCCAAGCACAGCUACGUGUGUGAGCACAAGCCGCCAGAGAUUCUCCUAAACGCUGAGCACUUCUACCUGGGUGCCCCGGCCUUCGAUCCGCGCGUGCCGAUGGAAAACGUCACGGAGCGAGAAGAGCUGUCGGCCCCGUCUGGGACCGUGGAGACGGUGGCAUUUCCCCGCUUGGCCUUUGAGCAGGAGGGCUUUCUGGUCGCCCUGGAGCUGGCGACCCAGGACCUGCCGCAGGUUGUCCAAGUCCGUGUUCGAGUGCACCGCCCAGCAAGCCUGGCAGAGUGGAAGGAGGUUCUCAAUGCCACAGACCCGGUACCAGCUUCUCAAGAGAACGGGACAUGGGAGCAAACAGACUGUCCGCUUGGCCUCCACUGGUGUAGUUCAGCCAACGCCUGCCUGCCCCUGGGAAGCUGCUCGGGGCCGUGCGCCAAUGCCUCAGUCCUCCCCACCCUUCCACCUGUUCCUCGCCACCGGGCAAAUCAGUCCAAGGAUGAGGACCUCCGAGAGUCGCUUUUCAUUUUACCACCGGGCCCCUCGACGCAUUAUCUGCUGCUCUUCAAAAGCAAGGGCCCCUUGGUCAGGCCCAAUGACACGGUGAGCCUUCAGCAUGAUGCGGGUCCAGGCGCUUUCCUCCUUUGCCUUCCUGACCAGCAGGCGUCCCCAGCAAUGAGCUACUACACCCUGCGCUCUCCCACAUGGGAACGGGACAGGCCCGCCCAGCCCACGGCCAGCAGCUGGCAGAACGGCUCCGUGUGCGGCUUCCGGGCUCUCGCUGCUGCCGAAGAGAGGGUGCCCCUUCUGGGUCGGGAGAACUCCGGCGUGGGGCACCCGGGCCUUUACUCCGUGAGGGCCGCCGUGGGCAAUGGGGUCUUUAGGACCGAGCUGUCCUGCGAUUUCCGGGUGACCUCCCCAAUUUCGGGACUCAGGGUCGUUUACCCUCCCGAACAAGGCGGCAGGAUCUACGUGGAGGCCAACCACACGUGGCUGGUGGUGAAAAUCGUCUCCGAGACCAACGCAACAGCUGGCUGGCUAGGGGCGAACCAGAGCUUCCCCUUUGAAAGGAGCUGCCCGCCCGCCGUUGCGCUGCGGGUGCCCGACUGUGUCAGGGAGGCCAACGACACCUGGUUCUCCAUCCUCCCGCUGGAGGGCCUCGGGGAGAAUGCCAGCACGGCCGUGCUGUGGGUGGAGAACGCCGUGAGUCGCCAGAACCUCACCGUCGUGGUCAAAGCCGAGGAAGCUAUACGGGGGCUCCGCGCAACGCCCAACCCAGAAACCCGAAUCUUGCUGCAUAACCGCGUGAGCUACGUCCCUGUCAUGGAUGCGGGAACAGACGUGACCUUUCGGUGGACGGUGGACGACAAGCCCUCCUUCACGUUCUACAACGAGGUUUUCAACGUGAUCUACCAAACACCGGCUGUGUACAAGCUGACGCUCACCGCCUCCAACCACGUCAGCAACGUCACUGUGCAUUACAACAUCACCGUGGAGAGGAUGAACCGGAUGAAAGACCUGGUGGUCUCCGAGAUCCCGCCGCUCGUCCCCCAGAAUAGCACCAUGGAGCUGGCGGCCACGGUGACCGUGGACACGGCGGUGGAGGCCACGUUCCUGUGGGACUUCGGCGACCACGGCUGUGUGACUUCCCAGUUCAGGCCCCCCUAUAAUGACUCCUUCCCCGUGCCCGAUCCGAACGUCCACCAGGUGGCAAUUGGACAUAACGUCUCGCACGCCUACCAGGAACCAGGUGAAUAUACCCUGACCAUUUCGGUCGUCAAUGAAUUUGAGAACCUGACUCGCUCCAUCCCGGUCCAUGUCUUCACCUACCUGACGGACGUCUCCAUGGAAACCAACGCAGGCAUUCUGGUGGCGGGCCGCCCGGUCACUUUUGAAGCUCAGCCCUUGCCAUCUAGCUAUGGGGUCUUUUACCUCUGGGAUUUUGGGGACGGUUGUGUGGAGUUCGUGGAGGGGCAGGCGUUCGUACUCCAUACCUACAACAGCACAGGGACCUACAACGUCACCUUGAAAGCCAACAACACCAUCAGCACCGUGGAGGUCGUCCGGCGUUACCGAGUCUUUGAAGAAGUGACAGGGUUGCGGGUGACCCUGAACGAAGCGGUGGAGGUGGGCACCCCGGUGGAGGUCUCUGCCUCUGUGGAGACUGGGGACAACAUCACUUGGGUGUUUGAUAUGGGCGAUGGGACAGUCAGGACCAGUUUCCUGGGAUCCGUGGAGCACAGCUACCUCAAAGAGAUGAACGGCACCAUCAACGUGACAGCGACAAAUCCGGUCAACUCCGUCUCCCAAGCCGUCCCCAUCCAGGCGUUUGUGCUGAUGGUCCUCAAAAUCGAGCCUUCCACUUGUAUCAGAGAACACCCAGAGGCGGAACUCACCGCUUACGUCUCCGGCAACCCCGAGGACUACUUUUUCGACUGGACCUUUGGGGAUGGCUCCUCAAACGUCACGGUGUACGGAGACCCGACGGUGAGGCACAACUUCACCCGCAGUGGCAUUUUCUCGCUCUCGUUGGUCCUCUCCAGCAAGGUCAACAAAGCGCAGUAUUACACCGAGGUCUGCGUGGAACCCGAGGUGGCCAACGUCACGCUCUUUGCCAGAUCUUCCCUUGUGAGGCUCGGGAACGAGAGCAAAUUCCAAGCGAGGGCCCUGCCGCCUUACCGCUACCGUUACCAGUGGGACUUCGGGACCGACGACUCCGCUCGGUUUGGGGGCACAGAGGCCAGCUACACGUACAAAGCCCCGGGCGUCUACCUCGUCAUGGUGACCGUCAGCAACAACGUCUCUUUCAACAACGACUCUGCCUUAGUGGAGGUCCAGGAGCCGGUGGGCGCAGCCAGGAUCGAGUCCAACGGCUCGCAGGUUUUGGAACUGAACCAAAUCUAUCUGUUCUCAGCCAAUGCCAGCGGGACCAAAGUCAGUUACCUGUGGGACUUCGGAGAUGGCACAACCCAGCUGGGGAAGCUCAUCACCCACUCCUACAACAAGACCGGCGCCUACGCCGUCAGCUUGACUGGCUGGAACGAGGUGAGCUUCAGCGAAGCGAGGGUCAACGUGACGGUCAAGAGGCGCCUCCAGGGGUUGACCAUCAAUGCCAGCCGGACCGUGGUGCCCCUGAACGGCUCUGUCAGCUUCACGGCCACCCUCCUGGCUGGCACCGCCACCCGUUACUCGUGGAUCUUGUGCGACAGGUGCACCCCCAUCCCGGGCUUGUCUACCAUCUCCUACACCUUCCGCUCCAUUGGGACGUUCAACGUGAUUGUGACGGCAGAGAGCGAGAUUGUGUGCUUGCAAGACAGCAUCUUCAUCUACGUCCUGGAGCAGAUUGAGGGGCUUCAGAUCAUCGGCGGCGGCGACCUCCUGAAUGACAGCUACUCCCCCACCAACAAGACGCUCCUGCUGCAAGCAGCUGUGAGAGAAGGGACAAACAUCUCCUACGUCUGGACCCUCCUAAAGGAAGCUCAGCCUGUUCAAACAUCUUCUGGGAAGACCUUCUCUCUGACCGUUCUGGAAGUGGGUGUCUACCUCAUCCACCUGAAAGCCACCAACAUGCUGGGGAGCGUGGCCCUUAACAAGACCGUGGAGUUCAUGGAGCCCGUUGGCGUCUUAAAGCCAGCUGCUUCGCCCAACCCAGUGGCCGUCAACGCUUCUGUUAACAUAAGUGCCAGCGUCACCUCUGGGACAGGACUGGUGUACACGUGGUACCUGGAGGAAGACGUCUCUCUUCUCACCGAGGCCUCGGCCAUCACCUACUCUUUCCGAAGCCCCGGGACCAAAGUGAUCGCUGUGGUUGUAGAAAACAAAUUGGGUUCAGCCAACGCGACGCUCACGAUCUACGUGCAAGAGGCAGUAGAGGGGCUGAGAAUCAGGACCAUCCGGCCCAACUGUACUUACAUUGAGUCGGGCUCAGUCGUGAACUUCUCCGGAGAGCUGGAAAGGGGGUCCAAUGUGGGCUGGAUGUGGAGGAUGCAGAACAACACCACCAUCUCCGGGCAGCGAGUGGCUCUGACGUUCCCAACGGCCGGCUUCUUCUCCGUCUGCGUGAAUGCUUCCAACGACAUCAGCUGGGAAGUGGCCUGCCACAAUCUCACCGUGGAAGAUCCCAUCCGUGGUCUGAGCCUCCUUGUGAGCAAGGACAUCCUGGAGGUGGGGGAGGAGGUCUCCUUCGUGGUCAGGAAGUCUUCUGGUUCGUCUGUGAGCUAUGAAGCGAGCGUCGGUGGGAACUUCUCUGUGGCGCUCAAGGCCCCCAGUUUCACCCACACGUUCACCCAUGUCGGAGACUACUUAGUCCAGGUGAGGGCAGAGAACCACAUCAGCGUGGAUUACGCAGAGGUCCUUGUUGUGGUGCUGGAGGCCAUCCGUGGCCUUCAGGUGGCCAACUGCUGUGAAGAAGGAACACCCACUGGGACAGAGAGGCAUUUCACAGCUGAAAUUCUGAGUGGCUCACGUGUGUCCUAUUCGUGGCAGCUCACCUUAGAGGAAGAUGGGGGGCAUACACAGGCAGCUGUCUUGGAAGGCCGCAGCAUUUCUUACACCCCGAAGGUUGCAGGGCUGUUGAACAUCCGCCUCCGUGCUUUCAACCGUCUGGGCAGCCAGAACCUAACCAUAGUCAUUCAAGUCCAGGACCGCAUCCGGCAGCUUUCUCUCCUGCCAGUGGAUGCCUUUGCCAACCGGACCACUUGGUUCGAGGCGUCUGUGCUGCCCAGCGCCAGACAGGUGGCGUUCUGGUGGCACUUUGGGGACGAUUCCCCCAUCGAAAGGACAGAUGGGCCGUCUGCUGGCCACACCUACCGGAGGCCUGGGGAAUACCUGGUGGAGGUCAACGCCACCAACCUCAUCAGCUUCUCCAUCGCCCACCUCACCGUCACCGUCCGAGUGCUGGAGUGCGAGGAGCCUGAGGCAGAGCUAGCCUUACCUGCUCAGGUGGUCAUGAAGCGGUCGCAGAAGAACUACCUGGAGGCGCAGAUUGACUUACGGGAUUGCACCCGAUACAAGACGGAGUACCUGUGGGAGAUCUACAGGGCCUCCAGCUGUCUGCAGUUGAGUUCCUUCAACAAAGUCCACCUGGCCAACGUGGACAUGAGCCGGCCUCAGUUGGUCAUCCCAAAGCUCGCCCUGGAUCUUGGCAAGUACUGCUUCAAAUUCCUGGUCUCUUUCGGGGACACGCCCCUGUCCAAGAGCGUCUUUGCCAACGUGACCGUCUUGCCCAAUAAACUGGUGCCCAUCAUUGAUGGAGGGUCUUACCGCGUGUGGUCCAGCACCAGGGACUUGAUCUUGGACGGAGAGAAGUCCUACGAUCCCAACCUGGAAGACUGGGAGCAGACGCCCUUACGUUACAACUGGACGUGUGUCUCUUCCUCCAGAAGCUCAUCAUCAGGGUGUGCCCUCAACUUCAGUGCCACGGGGGGAGUGGUAACCGUCUCCCGAGCCAUCCUGGAAGCAGACCAGGAGUACACCUUCGACCUCACAGUCUGGAAGACGGGGAUGAGUCCAGAGUCAACGAACCAAACGGUGCUGCUGAAGAGAGGGACGGUCCCCAUCGUCUCGCUGGAGUGCGUCUCCUGCAAAGCCCAGUCGGUCUACGAAGUGAGCCGGAGCUCCUACGUGUACCUGGAGGGAUCCUGCCCGAACUGCCAGAACAAUUCCAAACUGGGGAGGUGGGCAGCCCACAGCUUCAAAAACAAGCCGCUGGUCCUGGACAAGAGCACCACCUCCACUGGGGACACGGGGAUGAACCUGGUGCUGCGACCGUGGGCCCUGAAGGAUGGCGAAGGCUACACCUUUACUCUGCACAUCAUCGACCUGGCCACAGGAGAAGAAGGCUACGCCUCCAUGGACCUCUUCCCCAACCAGCCACCUUUUGGGGGCUCCUGCUGGGUGUCUCCGAUGGGGCCUAUCCAGGCACUGACCACCAAGGUCCAUUUUGAGUGCACAGGCUGGAGAGACACAGAGGACGAAAGCACCCCCUUGGUGUACACCCUCCUGGCCCGUCGCUGCCGCGUUGGCCACUGCGAAGACUUCUCGGUGUACAAAGGGAGCCAUUCGGAGCACGCCGCCUUCCUGCCGACGGGAUUCCAGGAGAGCAGCUCCUUGGUGUCCGUCUUGAUCCUCGUCCAGGACCAGCUGGGAGCCAUGGUGGUGGCCUUCAACAGCUCCAUGGCCAUCAUGCUACCCAGCACGCCGGAAGGAUUCCACAGCCUCCCGCAGUGGCUCUAUAACCAGACCGAGGUGGUUCUACAGGGCUUCGUGAAACAGGGGGACCCCCAGCAGGUCAUUGAGUACACGCUGGCGCUCAUCACCAUCCUAAACGAGUACGAGUCUUCCAUGCCUUCGAUGCCGGAGGCGGAGAAUGACGACCGCCUCAGAGCCUGGACACGGAGGAACAUCACGGAAACGCUGGUCUCGCUGAACGUGAACACGGUGGACGACAUCCAGCAGAUUGCGGCGGCUCUGGCUCAGUGCACCGUGGCGAGCAAGAGCUUUGUAUGUCGUGCCUGCCUGACCAGAACCUUGAAGAAGCUGGAAGGCAUGAUGGCCAUCCUCCAGGGAGAGACCACGCAAGGCACCAUGACCCCCACGGCCAUCGCCGACAACAUCCUCAACAUCAUGGGGGACUUGAUUCACCUCGUCAACACCGUUUCCCGGGAGUCGGAGCCCCAGAAGCUCUGCAGCGGGGGCCAGAAUGCUGUCCAGGUGGCUUCCAAAGCGUACGCCCUCUCCACGGACUUGAUGCGCAUCCUGAUGAAGUCGCGAGUCCUCAACGAGGAGCCGCUGGAGCUGGCCGGGAGCAACAUCACGGCCAAGGGGAAACGCGCCGACCCGCUCGGCUUGCUCUGCUACGAGGAGAGCCCCGACUGCCAGUUCUCCAUCCCGCCGGCUUUCAACACCACCUUCUCCAACCUGACGGACGUGGUCCAGGUCAUGAUCCAGGUGGACUACAACCCCUUUCCGUUCGGCUUUGUCACCAACUACAGCGUCUCCUCCCACGUGGCCUCCCUGGAGUUCCAGGACAACAACGGGACGGAAAUACCGAUCGGGAGCCUGGAUGCCGAGAGGGCCAUCACCGUGAUGGUGACGGACCCCCGGGAGAAGAACAUCACGGUGGGAACGGUCGUGAUCGAGGAAGGGCGUUUGGUGACCGUGGUGCUUCGCACGGAGAACGGCAACACGGAAGCAGGGCUGUAUAUCCAGGUCACCUUCAGUGUACUUGACGAGCGCUACGUGUCCAGCGAGAAGGAGCCCUUCCUCGCCGUCUGCCUCUUCCGUGCCGCCGAGACCAACUGCACCGCGGCCAAAGCGAUCUUCCUGGAGGACAUGACUCGGAGGCCGCAGGGUGACCACCGGCGCUACACCUUCUUCGUUUCCCCCGUCACGGACGACCCGGUGCUGGACUACCGCAUGAACAUCACCAACCGCUUCCUCUGGUCCCCCGUGGAAGUGACGCUGGGCCUGUACAGCUCCCUGUGCCAGUACUUCAGCGAAGAGGAGGCGCGCUGGAAGACGGAAGGCAUGGCUCCCUUGGAGGGGGCCACCCCGGAGAAGGCCGUGUGCUUGACCCAACACCUGACCGCCUUUGGGGCCAGCCUCUUUGUUCCGCCCCACUCCGUGCAAUUCCUACGGCCUCCUCCGGGCCCGGGGCUCAAUUACAUCGUCCUCCUGACGUGCGCCAUCUGCUUGGUGACCUAUUCGGUGGCGGCCGUGAUCGUGCACAAACUGGACCUGAUUGACCUUCGCCGCGUGGAGGUGAUCCCCUUCUGCGGAAAGAACGGGUUGUACAAGUACGAGAUCCUGGUGAAAACCGGCUGGGCCAAGGGCUCCGGGACGACAGCCCACGUGGGAAUCACUCUGUAUGGGAUGGAAAGCAAAUCCGGGCACCGGCAUCUGGACGGAGAGAAUGCCUUCCGGCGCAACAGCCUCAACAUCUUCCAGGUGGCUACAGAACGCAGCCUGGGCCGUGUGUGGAAGAUCCGCAUCUGGCACGACAACAAAGGGCUCAACCCGUCCUGGUAUCUGCAACACGUCAUCGUCAGGGACUUGCAGACCUCCAAGAGCUACCACUUCCUGGUGAACGACUGGCUGUCUGUGGAGAGCGAGGAGAACGACGGCCUGGUGGAGAAGGAGGUCUUCGCGGCCAGCGAGUCUGACCUGAGGAGCUCCACGCGGAUCUUCGUGGAAGAGCUGCAGCGCGGCUUCUUUGAGAAGCACAUCUGGCUCUCCCUGUGGGACCGGCCCCCUCGCAGCCGCUUCACCCGCGUCCAGAGAGCCUCCUGCUGCUGCCUCCUCGUCUUUCUUUUCCUCUGCGCCAACACGGUGUGGUACGGUGUUGUGGGAGAUGCCAACUUCAGCCACGUGCCCAUCUCUACCUUGAUCCCGAUCAGCGGGGAGACCAUCGUCGUCGGCCUGGUGUCCAGUUUGAUCGUCUACCCCCUGUACCUCGGUCUUCUCUUCCUCUUCCGGAUGGCGCGGAGCAAGGUCUCGGUCAGCCAGGCGCUGGCCCAGUCCGACCAGCAGUCCUUAGAGAUCGACAACUACCUGGACUCCUCGCUGAUGGAGAGCUCUUUCCUCACCGUCCCCGGGCUUCGGACGGAGGCGUUUUCAGAACAGACCAAAAUGGACCGCUUCCUGGACGACUCGAAAAGCUUGAUCCGGUGGCAGUCCAACGAGGCGCUGCUCAGCUGGCCGGAUCUGCUCAGCGACCCCUCCAUCAUGGGCAACACCAUCCAGAAGCUGAAGAGGGGGAGGACCAGCCGCCACCUGGGCCUGGAAGCGCCUCUGGCCACGGAAGAGGACACCGUGUCGCUCGGGGUCCCCCACGCUCAGACCCGCUACUUCUCGGCUUCAGAUGAAGACCUGAUACGGCAGAUUCUCUCCGACGGAGGUGGCAGCAUCGCCCACCCGCAGGAAGCGGGGCGGUACCCCAGGGUCGAAACGGAUCUCCUUUCAGGACUGUCCGCCGUGUGUGGGGAGAAGACAGAAGCCAUCGUGCUGCAGCGGCUGAAUGAGAAAGGGCAGGCGUUGGCGGUCCCCCGGAGAGAGCUCAACCGCUCGGCCAAGUCCAGCCGAACAGUGGUGGACCCUGCCCUCCGGAAGCGUCUGCUGCCUUUCUGGUGCGCCUACCUGGCCCACGGCAUCAGCUUCGCCCUCUUCGUCCUCUGCUUUGGGGUCUCUACGUGGAUCGGAGUGGGCUUCAGCUCCAGCGUGGCCCUCAUGUGGCUCAUCUCAGGGAUUUUUAGCUUCCUCUCCUCGUUUUUGCUCUGGGAGCCCCUCAAGGUGCUGCUGGAGGCUCUUUACUUCUCGCUGGUGGCCAAACGCCUCCACCCGGAGGAGGAUGACACCCUGGUGGAGCACCCUGUGGUGGAGCACGUGUCGGAGAAGAUUGGCAGAGUCCGGCCGCCUCAGGGAUUUGCGCUUUUCCAGGCCAAGGAAGAGGCCCGGAAAGUGAAGGUUCUGCACGGGUUACUCAAGGAGUUCUUUGUCUACAUGCUCUUCCUCCUGGCCGUCCUCCUCACGGCCUACGGGGACGCCUCGCAGCACAGCCGGGCUUUCCUGCUCCAGAAAUCCAUCAAGCAGCAGCUGGGCAGCGAGCAGUUCCUCGGCAUUCAGAGAUCCGAUGAAUUCUGGAUUUGGAUGUCUCAGGAGCUGUUGCCCUUCCUGUACAACAACCAGUCCGGCCAGGGAAGCGAUAGCAUCACCCUCGGGUCUCCACGGCUGCGGCAGAUCCGCCUGCAAGAAGAAGCGUGUCUCGGUUCUGUCCGCCAUCUGCUUAGCGGGGCCGAUCCAUCAGUCACCGGAGAGAAAUGCGUUCUGGACUCCAACCAGUUUGACACGGCUCCCUACGCCGUCGGCUGGGAGAGCACCACCGACAACCGGACCCGGUUGUGGGAAUAUUCACCACCUGAUCUUGCAGGAGUUUGGUACUUGGGCUACCUUUCUUUCUACGACAGCGGGGGCUACGUCCAGGAGCUGGGAACAACUCUAGGAGAAAGCAAAGCGCACGCGGACACCCUCCAGCAGAACCACUGGAUCAACAACAGAACUCGAGCCGUCUUUAUCGAACUGACCCAGUACAGCCCCAGCGCUGGCCUCCAUGCAGUCAUUACCCUGAGGCUGGAGUUCCCUGCAGGCGGACCCGCUCUGCCAGCCGUGGCUGUCACCACCCUCCCGCUGCUUCCGCUCAGCCAGGGAGUCACCUUGCAGCUCCUGAUGAUGGUCUUCCUCAUGAUCGUGGUGGUCCACUUUGUGGUCUCGGAGUCCCUGACCAUCAAGAAGGCCGGCAGGGCCUAUUUCAGCCAGGUCGGCAGCUAUGGCCAGUGGCUGCUCAUCCUGGCCACCACCGGCACUGUGGUUGUGCACCUCAGCCAGGCCACCUUGGCCGACCGGCAGUGGGCCGAAUACCUGAAGAACCGGCAAGGUUUCACCAGCUUCUACGGGGUGGCUUCUCUCCAUGAGGCCUUCGGCUGCCUUGCUGCCAGUCUCCUCUUCUUCCUGACCGUGAAGGCUUCGCAGCAGCUGCGCUUCAUCCGACAGUGGUCCACCUUCGGCAAAACCUUGCAGAGGUCUGCGAAGGAGCUGACAGCCACAGCCUUCACCUUUGCGAUCCUCACCCUGGCCUACGCACAGCUGGGAUUCCUGCUCUUCUCCUCUCGCUCCGAGGCCUUCUGCAGCGUCUCCAGGGCCCUCCAGCUCCUCGGCACCGCUCUCCGCAGCAGGGCCAGCUCACACUACCUCCUUGAGCCCCCGGGGCUUUUCCCCCACCUCUUCUGGGCCAGCUACCUCCUCCUGGAGCUGUGGGUGGUCCUGCGCCUGUUCGCGGCCGUCCUGCUCUAUCACUACCGGGAGACGCGCUUCGAGAUGUACCGCCCGGCCUUCGAGUCCCAAGACUACGAAAUGGUGGAACUCUUUGUUCGGAGGCUCAAGAUGUGGAUGGGAUUCAGCAAGGCCAAAGAGUUCCGCCACAAGGUCCGCUUUGAAGGAAUGGAGCCGCUGCCCUCCCGCUCGUCCAGCCAGGACUCCCGGUCCCUACAAGUCCCCACGCCCAGUGCCACUUCGGACAGCUCUCGGGCCUCCACCUCCUCCAGCCAGCUGGAUGGACUCAGCCUGGUGCCCAGUGUCCGGGAUAGCUGCGAAGUGGACGGUGAAGUCCAGCGCCUCCUUUCCCUCCUGGAGACUCUGCUGGUCCACUUUGACCGGGUGAACCAGGCCACGGAGGACGUCUGCCACCUGGAGCGCCGGCUGGGGAGUACGUGGCGCCGGCAGGCCAGGAAGAGGAGCAGCCGGAGCACGGAGCGAGUCCCAAGUGCCCCUCACCCCCCUCGUGUCCAACCAGGGUCGCCCUCCUCCGACGUCACCCCCGAGAGGAACCCAUGUCUGACACCCUGCCCCAUUGCAAUCGUCCGAACCAGUCAGGGCGCUGGCCCGGGCGCUCUGCUCGCCCCACGGAAGACGCAGGCCUUGCUUGGAACCACGGCCAAAAAGAAGAAACCGUCGCGGGCCAAGAACCGGGUCCACCCCAGCAGCAACAUCCCUGGUUAGAAAUGAAGACGGUUACAGGAAAAGCAACCGAGGGAUCGGCCAUCUCAAAUUCGGAUGCCAGGAGCUUUUUGGCUCCUCUCCCGUUUGCAAGGGCUGGUCCCGCCAGAUGUUCCACAGGUUUUGCUUGAUGGGCAGAGACAGAAAGAAGAGGCCGACGGCGUGGAGCCCAUGUGGGGCCCCCUUCAGGGCUCGGCGUGGCACCCAGCCGGUGGUUUUCCACCCGGGGCAGAGCAACCCUCCCUACAGUAUUACGGUUUUCUUGGAGAACGCCUCUGCUGUUUUUGGAGAGGGGCUACUCUGACGGGAGAAGUUAGAAAAGUUGAGACCCAUCAGGCAGGCUCCGUGCUGGCAUUCCUGGUGCCAGAGGGGCGGAAAAAAAGAGCAUUUUGUCAGGGUGAAGUCUUUUGAAAGGAACAAAAAAAACCUGCACGAUCAGGUUUCUCUCACAAACAUUUCGCAAGGAACCUGGAGAAUGAAUAGGAAGGCUGAGAUCGUCAAUGCCUGCAGCCGAGAAGGGACGGCUGCUCCUUACACUCAGGCCUUCCUUCAGAAUUCAGCCUCGGAUAGAUUUAA